AUGGAGAAAGAGGAGAGGCAGCACUUAGAUAGGCACACAGCAGGGGAGCAACAUCCUGCAACUGAGGUGCAUGCGAGGGGAGGGGACAGGUACCAGAAACUGUUUGUGGAUAGAAUCCACUUUGACCUGGAAGAAAUCCAGGAACUUGGUGCAGAGGUCAGUUCCUGCCCCAAUUUUGGCCAUCGUGAUAUGGCCCUUGUUGGUAUUCUCCUGAAAGGCAAUGCCAUACAUGAGGAGGCUUACUUCAGCCAGGUCACCGGUCUGUCGUGUCAUGCAAUGAACAAACACAAGCCGUGGAUCGAGACGUCGUAUCACGGGGUCAUCACUGAGAACAUGGACACCGUUCUGCUGGACCCGCCUCUGGUAGCUCUGGACAAGGAUGCGCCGGUCCCCUAUGCCGGGGAGAUCUGUGCCUUUAAGAUCCACGGCCCGGAGGCUCCGUUUGAGGCAGUGGUCCUGAACCGCACGUCGGGGGAGGGGGUCCUGAGGGCCCGCGGCGCUGUGGACUGUGAGAGCCAGAAAGAAUACACCUUCAUCAUCCAGGCCUACGACUGUGGGGCCGGACCUACUGGAACCAACUGGAAGAAAUCCCACAAAGCCGUGGUCCACAUCCAGGUGGAUGAUGUCAAUGAGUUCUCCCCCGUUUUCCGGGAGCCGGUGUAUAAGACGUCGGUAACGGAGGGCAAGAUCUACGACAGCAUAUUGCAGGUGGAAGCAUGGGACCAGGACUGUUCACCACAGUACAACCAGAUCUGCAACUACGACAUCAUCACCACAGGGACGCCGUUCGCCAUUGACCGCAAUGGAAACAUCAGAAACACCGAGCGGCUGAGCUACGACAAGCAGAGGAGCUACCAGUUCAUGGUGACGGCCUUCGACUGUGGUCAGAAGACGGCAAAAGAGAGCGCCGCCGUGCAAAUCGAGGUCAAGCCGGUCUGCAAACCUGGAUGGCAAGGCUGGAACAAACGUGUGGACUAUGAGCCGGGUUGUUUGGAGAAACAUUGGAAACCUCAGAUAAAGGUCUGUUCACAUGACCAUUUCAGUAAUCGCAUUCCUGCCACAAUCGGGGUAAGACCGGUGUAUUAGCGUGCACAUACACACCGACAGACAGUUUUCUGUUCUCUGAUUGGUUCACCAGGCGCAGCGUCAGGCAGCACUGACCUCCUCCCCGCCCCCAGCGCUUCAGCCAACUGGACGGUGUCGCUACUGACGGACAGCGGGCGAGACAGUGACCUCAUCUUCCGCUUCGAUGGGCGACAGGCGGCUAACGUCCCUGAUCAGGUGGUACCCCAGAACCUGACAGACCAGUUCACCAUCGCCACGUGGAUGAAGCAUGGGCCCAGUCCUGGACUCAGGGCUGAGAAGGAGACCCUGCUCUGCAACUCUGACAAGACUGAGAUGAACCGUCACCAUUACUCGCUGUACGUUCACAACUGCCGCCUGGUGUUCCUCCUCAGACGAGACUUCACUCAGGUGGACACCUUCAGACCUGCCGAGUUUCACUGGAAACUGGAGCAGAUCUGUGAUAAGGAGUGGCACUAUUACGUGAUCAACGUGGAGUUUCCUGCAGUGACGCUGUUUGUGGAUGGAGUGACCUAUGAACCCUACCUGGUGACCGAUGACUGGCCAAUCCACCCCUCGCACAUUGAUACUCAGCUGACUGUGGGGGCCUGCUGGCAAGGCGGUGAGGUGGCGACCCCGCGGUUCACACAGUAUUUCCGGGGCAGUCUCUCAGGCCUGACCAUCCGCCCAGGUCGCAUCGAGACGCAGAAGGUCAUCUCCUGUCUGCAGGCCUGCAAGGAAGGACUGGAUAUCAACUCCCUGGAGAGCCUCGGCAAGGACAUUAAAUUCCAUUUUAACCCGGCCCAGUCAGUGCUGGUGGUGGAAGGAGAGGAUCUGGACAGCAUCAACACAGCCAUGACCAAAGUGUCCUACAUCAACUCCCGCCAGUUCCCCACACCGGGCCUGCGAAGGCUACACAUCACCACCACAGUACAGUGCUUUGGGGAGGACACGUGUCUCUCCAUCCCAGACAUUAAGGCAGUUGUGAUGGUUCUUCCGCCCAGUGAGCCAAGGAUCACCAUCACGGGAUCCAGCCGACUCAUCAGGCCUGCCGGCGACCUGCGGGGCCCGCUGGGCGUGGCGCCCUUCAAGGAGCUACGCAUCACCAGCACGGUGGUUAAAGGAGACAGCUCAGCGCACAGCGGCUCCCACAGAUCAGGCGUGAUGGAGGUGAUGCAUAACCUGGACUACUGUGACGUGUUGGUGAUCGGUGAGGAGCUCAGUCCCACUAGAGAGAGUCUGGAGAUUCAUCACAACGCCCUGCUGGGAAAACAUCUGGACGCCACCAAUUCCACCUCUGGCAUAUCCAUAUACGGUGUGGACUCCAUGGCCCACUACGAGCAGGCCCUGAGGCAGGUUCGCUACAGGAACUGGCAGCCGUCCACCCUCAGUGAAAGAAAAUUUCGGCUUACGUGCUCCGAGCUAAACGGUCGUUACACCAGCAACGAGUUCACUCUCGAGGUCAGCGUCCUUCACCACUCGGCGUCCGUGGAACACGUGAAUCACAUGGCCGCCCAGUCGCAGUACAUGAGACCUGUACAUCAUCCACUCAUGAUACACACCCUCAACUCACACAUGUCCGGGGGGGCUCCUCCAGUGGCCACAGUGGUGAUAGUGGUGUGUAUCGCCGCCCUGGUGGUGAUUGUGGUUAUCGGCAUCUACAGGAUCCAUGCCACUCACCAGGAGGGUUCCAGAGAAGAGGAGGAUGCGGUCAAGGAAUCGGAGGUGGACUGGGAAAACAGUACACUUACCAUCACUGUCAACCCCAUGGAGAACGUCGGCGGAGCUCAGACUCUGGACACAGAAGUAAAGGAGGAGGAACAAGAGGAGGAGGAUGAAGAACAGACUGGGGGAGUCUCGAGUGCCGAGUCAGAAGACAGCGAAGAGGAUGAGGAGGAGGAAGAGGAGGAGGAAGAGAGAGAUGGACAGAGGGAGAGAAAGCAGAGGGGCAAGCUCGAGUGGGACAGCACCUCCAUACCAUACUGA